AUGUCGUUUUUCAAGCGAAAAGCCAAAAGUAAAGAACCUCAGAGAGCGAUUGACACAAAAGUCAACAGAGAUGGAGUCAGCCCUCACUCUCCAUCAUUGCCACUGAAGAACAACCAUGCCAUACAAGAAGCUGCGGGGCCCAGUCAUGUGGCCAUCAAUGCCAUCUCUGCCAACAUGGACUCCUUCGCCCAUGGUCGCACGGCCAUCCUCAAGAAACAGCCCAGUCACAUGGAAGCUGCGCACUUCGGAGACCUCGGUCAUUCCAGCGUGAACUAUCAGCCACAAGAGACCCGCUCCCGGCUCUCCAAAACAGUGGACCAAGUGCUUCGGGACAAUGUGGCGAUCCCACAUUACAUGCGUUUUAUGGAGCGUCAGAGUGCCGACCACCUGAUUCGCUUCUGGCUGGAGGCCGAAAAUUUCCGAUCCACUAGCUGGUCACGGAUCCGAGCGCACAGCCUCAACUCUGUCAAACACAGCUCCUUGGCUGAACCUGUCACAGGCUCCAUUGAUGGCUCCGAGGUCCGGGAGCUCCCCCUACACAAUUCGCUCGCCCUGGAUUGGAACAGUACAGGAGUUGUAGCACAGCAUGUGCAAUUGGACACCUUGAACACAGAAGCGGGCCUGAGACCCGGCACGCCUCUGGCCGAAACACCUAGCCGGCAGACCUCGUCCAGGACGGGGACACCUUCUAAAGCGCAGCCAAACAACACCAUGAGAGAACUCUCUGAAAACCUCAUGAAAAGUCUCGAAAAAGAUGCAGUUACCAUCUUUACCAAAUACGUCUCUCCGGAUGCCAUGAGGCCCAUUCCCAUCACGGAACAGAUCCGAAAUGAUAUAGUUGCUAAGAUUUGUGGAGAAGAUGGCAUGGUGGACCCAAAUUGCUUUGUCAUCGCACAGUCAGUCAUCUUCACCAUCUUAGAGCAACAGUACUUCAUCGAAUUCCUGCGGAGUCAUCAUUUCUGUAAAUACCAGAUUGAAGUUUUGACGAGUGGCUCGGUGUUCCUGGCUGACAUCUUGUUCUGUGAGUCGGCUCUGUUUUACUUCUCGGAGUACAUGGAAAAGGAAGAGGCCAUGAAUGUACUGCAGUUCUGGCUAGCGGCUGACAACUUUCAAAACCAGCUGGCAGCCAAGAAGGGCCAGUAUGAUGGCCAGGAAGCCCAAAAUGACGCCAUGAUCCUUUACGACAAGUAUUUCUCACUCCAAGCUACAAACCCUUUGGGAUUUGGUGAUUCGGUACGCAUGGAGAUUGAGUCGAACAUCUGCCGUGAAGGGGGGCCUCUACCAGAGUGUUUCACCACUCCACUUAGACAAGCGUGGACCACCAUGGAGAAGGUCUAUAUGCCAGGCUUCCUGUCUAGUAACCUUUACUACAAAUAUCUGAGUGACCUCCUCAAUUCGGUACGAGCGGACGAGUUUGUGAAUGUCAACACUCCGGGUCAAGGCACGUCAGCAGAGAACGAGCGUUCAAGUUCAAGUGCCAGUGAAGCUUCUCUCUCACAGUCUGCUACCAAAAAGGCAGCGAUCAAGAUCUUGAAAAACUUCGACGAGGCCAUAACGGUGGACGUCGCCAGUCUGGACCCCGAAUCUUUGUACCAGAGGCCAUAUGCUGGACGGAUGACUUUUGGGAGGGUGAAUGAGUUGGGCCAGUUUAUCAGGGAGGCAGAACCAGAACCAGAUGUUAAGAAAUCUAAAGGCUCCAUGUUUUCUCAGGCCAUGAAGAAAUGGGUCCAAGGCAACUCGAAUGAGGCUCAGGAGGAAAUGGCCUGGCAGAUUGCUAAAAUGAUUGUCAACGAUGUUGUGCAGUCAAACCACGACAGUCCUGGAAAGUCUACGAAGUUAUGA